AUGGGUUGCAGUCAGGCUAAAAUUGAGCCAGAAGCAUUAACACCUGACGAUGCAAGAAUCAUUAGAGAAACAUGGAAAAUGGUAGGCAGAGAAGCUUAUGGUGAAUACGGCCAACGGCUCAUGCUGAGGAUUUUCCAAAAAUGUCCAGAUAUAAAAGCACUAUGGCAAAAUCCCCAUGUAAUGAAUAAUACAAAUGCAGCAACCACAACUGCUGGUGGUGAUGAUGCUGAUGCUCCUAAUACAGCGAAUCGUUGGAAAAUGGAUCUACGUAAUCAUGGUUCAAAAUUUUUUAAUUCCCUAGACGAUCUAAUUAGUGUUGUUGACAAACCUGAAGAAUUAUUUAAAAUGUUACAUGAUAUUGGUAUUCGACAUAAAGGUUAUGAAGUUAAAACAGAACAUAUUCAAGCUAUUGUAGAUGGUCUUAAUCAUACAAUGGAAUUUGGUUUAAAAGACAAAUGGACAGAUAAUCGACAAAAAUCUUUUGGACGACUGAUUAAUAUAAUUGUCUCACGCACAAAUCGAGCAUUAACUGGUAACGAAAAAUAA